AUGUUCGAGUUUCCUAACCAGCAGUUUGUUGUAAAUCAGUGUUAUGUCUUUAUUUCACGGAACCGCAGCUUGCUAUUAAGCAAAAUACGUUCCCUAAAUGGUAAUAGACAUUUAAAACAUAUUUGUCUUGUUGGAUAAUCAACUCACCGCUAUCCAGCGCAGACAGCUACGGAAGCUACCUCACGCAGACGCGCUAACACCCGCUUCUGUGAUUGGUUGCGACUGAGCAAUCCCAGCUCUGAUUGGGUUGAUGUAGUUCAAAACACCAACAUUCGUCACCGCGAAAAGAAAGCAUGGCGGCCCCCAGGAGGAGCGUGGGUAAACCUAUCGCGGACCGUUUACCGUGCAAUACCACCAGUUUUCAGAAGAAAUCGCGAAGCAAACUAGUUUCAAUACCUGGCACGAGACCUUCGGUUCAAAAUGGGCAACUUAUUGUUUCGACUGGUGUCACAUCUCUUGACUACGUGAUUGGUCAGUCUGCCACGAACGUGUUGACAGCUAGCUAACUCGAGUUGUUUUGCUAUUUCUGAUUGAUUAAACUAUCUAACAAGAGUAAUUGUUUUCAUUUGGUUAGUUUUAAAGGAAUGUUAUCGUUGUCACUAUUCGACUGCAUGUCUUCAACCACUGAGGCGCAUGGAGGUAGCCGGCUAGCUUCACGUUACUUACUAUAACAUUCAUGGAACGUCAACAAUCAUUCGUGUGCCCCAUUGAAACACCCGGCACACCUUUACGCCAUAGUAAAUGUUGACAGCUAGCUCUUGGGUAUUAGUCAGUCAUGGUACUGGCGACUCGUACCUAGUUUGCAGAUUUUUGUUCCAGUCCAACAAUGAGCUUGAUUAGUUGACAGGUGUGUAGUGCUGAGACAAAAGUCUGACGCCCUGUGGGUCCCCUGGACCAAGAUGGAAGAACACUACAGGGUGGUUCCUCACUGAUUGUUAUAGAAAUCAAAAUACCACUCAUAUCUUCAUACUUCAGAGCAAGCAGUAAUUUUAGCUUUUUAGCACCUACAUGAAACAGUCAAAUAUGCUAAUAUUAAUUAUCUCAAUUAUGUUUUUAGAUACAAAUGCCAAAUAUAUUUCAACAAUUCUUCCUCCAAAGAACCAUUCUAUGGAUUAAAUGUUGUGAAAAUCCCCCAAAUCAUGGUAUUUUUUUUAUUGUCCUGGUUUCGUGAGGAAUCACCAUGCAUGUGAUUAGGCCUAUACUCCACUCCACUAGGUUAUCUGUAGAUUAUAUGGUGUUGUCAUGGACAAAAAUCUACCUAUUUGUAAUGUUUUUUUCUUCUUGAAAUAGGUGGUGGGUUAGCAGUUGGAACCCUUCUACUCAUAGGUAAGUCUAAUUCGACAUCUUCCAUUGUACAGGUAGACCGUUUACGAGUAGAGGUACUACUGUACCUUGUCCAAGAUGUACUAGCUUAGGUAACCUACUCCUUUAACGUCCAACACCCGUAUAUGUUAUGUUCAGAGGUAAACUGGCGCUGGCAGCCAAAACAGCCAAAUACUCUGUCUAAAUGUGAAUCGAUUCUCAAUCGCGAUAGGGUUGUAUAAGGCACUCUAUGGCCGUCCCUCUUCCAUUACACACCGGUGGAGACGCUAGAUGGCUAAUAAGAACAGGUGGUCGCCUCUCUCUUCCGUAAACAAGCCGUAACAUGAACAUGUGACCGUGUGGGAAUCGUGUUAAAAAGGUGUAUAGUAAUUUAACCUUCUUUUUUUCCAAAAUUAUUUCUCGAUGAUAUGAAAGUAAAGUUCUAAAAGUUUCCAAAACCUAGUAAAGUUCCAAGUUUCCAAGCAAAGAGUAUUAACAGCGUGUUGGGACUGUUGUACACAUUGGCCGCGCCUUCGUCAGUGCUUCGAAUGAGAACCCAGGGAUUAUUGCAGUCACUAUCUCCACCUGAAAGUACCCGAGACUGGUGUAAGGCAAUGCUAUAGCAUUAGAUUGCCCUUAUCACUUAAAUGACCUUUGACCUGUGCUUCUUACUUGCUUUAGUGGUUUCAGCAGAGGGCACUGCUGGUUUUGGACCAUCAAGCUAAAAUCUGUUUUACCUGACACCUGCUGUCCAAGUCCCUUAAAACAAUACACCCUUGUAGAUAAGUUGUUGAUAACCUGUAGAUAAGUUGUAUUCCUUCCGAUCACCCAGAAAGCGAAAGAUCUGGCCCUCAUUGGUUCAGGUGUGUGUAACCUAGCCUGGUAGUCAGAUGUGUUUGUUCUUAGCCAACUCCCCCAUUGUGUUUGGCAUGACAAACAGUAGUGGAGGGUAAACACAGUUUACCCACCUUUUUUUAUUUUGUGCGAUAGUUUACCCCCCUUUGGCAGAAAAACAUAAUAUUUUCACCGUGACCGGCAAUUUAGAGUUUACCCACCAAUUUUUUUUACCACUACAACACUGAUGACAAACAACUACCAAGCCAGUGGAAGUUUAUGGUUAACAACAUGCAAAAUGUGAGCCCCCUUGCUGUUUAUCUGUGAUGUCACUAUAUCUACAGAAUCAGGUCCUGUCACAGACAGACAUUCUGUUUUACAGAAACAACACCCAGAAAACAUUCUAUUGAAUGUAGGCUACAGUAGCCUGGGUGUAUGUAAUAUUACUGGUCUCAGGCUCCCUAGGUGUAUAUAAUAUUACUGGUCUCAGGCUCCCUAGGUGUGUGUAAUAUUACUGUUCUCAGGCUUCCAUUAUCUUUAUUCUGAAAUAAUAACAUAGGCCCCAUAACAAUCAGGGAGAUGGACUAAUGACUAGAUGGCUGCUGGUUCCAGUCCCAGGUAGACACACUGCUACUCUGCCCUAGAGCAAGCCACUGACCCUGACGUCAUCUGGCCAUACCCCAGCUGCAUUCAUGGAAGCUGUGUUAAAUUCAAAGCCAUGUGGGUUGAUUGGGAUAAGAGAGUUUUCUACUGUAUGUGUUAUUAUUAUCGAGCAUUACAGGCUGUACAGUAUUCAUGCUAGCUGGUGAGGUGAAGGUAGCCUGGCUGGUAUCCCCUUGAAACUGUCAUUUGUGUGUACCAGCUGAUAUUAGGCCUAUACUGCCUUGCCCUUUAAUUUAUCCCCCCAAUUGAUGUGGGAGGCAGUGAUUACACACUAAUGCAUUCUUCCAUUUUGUGAAUCAAUGUACGCUUGGUUUCAUCUGGUAAUGAGAGACACAGUAAAGGUGAAGUGUGUGUUUGUGUACGCGUGUGCGUUUGCAUCUGUUUGUUUGUUGAAUGCAGUGCUGUCUCCUGUCUAUUAGGAGCUGUGAUAGCUUGUUUGCGAGACAGACAUAACAUUGUGAGACUGGUUGAAGGCUGCGUUUGAUGUGUGCUGAGCUGUCCACACUUAUUUGUCUUCCAGAGUGAGAUGAGCACCAAUGGUAUGGCUGCUGUCUGAAGAUCUUUCAUCUCUACAGUUUUAUUUAUAGAAGAGAAAAACAAAGCUUGUCAGUUGAUCUCCAAUCUAGCUGCCGAGCUGUUGAAUUCUUCCUUUCUUUUUUAGACUUUUAUUUAAUUGUAUUAUACCCUAAUGAAUAUGUGCUUUAAUACCAUUUUUGGCAGCUUUUGAAAGCUCAUGUAUUGGGUGAUAAUAUUGAUAAACUCAUGUAUGGUCCAUGGGGGUAACACUGUAAGGGAGAAAUGUGUAAAAAAAUAUAUAUAUAUGUGUGUGUAUGUAUAUAUGAAUGAAUGAUUUGGAAAUAUUUGAAUGAAACAGACACAGUACAAGUUCCACAUGUUGUUGUCACUGGAAUAAUUACAAAUGUUCAGUAGCCUAAAUAUUCCUGUAAAUGUAGUAAUAGUAAAGAUUCCUCAGUUUACACAAGGGGACAAAGGUGCUAACCUACAGUGCCUUCGGAAAGUAUUCAGACCCCUUGACUUUCUCCACAAUUUCUUACAUUACAGCCUUAUUCUAAAAUUGAUUAAAUCAAUAAAAAUCCUCAGAAAUCUACACACAAUACCCAAUAAUGACAAAGCGAAAACAGGUUAUUAGAAAUUUUAGCAUAUAUAUUAAAAAUAAAUAACAGAAAUACCUUAUUUACAUAAGUAUUCAGCCCCUUUGCUAUGAGACUCGAAAUUGAGCUCAGGUGCAUCCUGUUUCCAUUGAUCAUCCUUGAGAUGUUUCUACAACUUGAUUGGAAUCCACCUGUGGUAAAUUCCAUUGUUUGGACAUGAUUUGGAAAGGCACACACCUGUCUAUAUAAGGUCCCACAGUUGACAGUGCAUGUCAGAGCAAAAACUAAGCCAUGAGGUCGAAGGAAUUGUCCGUAGAGCUCCGAGGCAGGAUUGUGUCGAGGCACAGAUCUGGGGAAGGGUACCAAAACAUUUCUGCAGCAUUGAAGGUCCCCAAGAACACAGUGGCCUCCAUCAUUCUUAAAUGGAAGAAGUUUGGAACCACCAAGACUCUUCCUAGAGCUGGCCGCCUGGCCAAACUGAGCAAUCGGGGAAGAACGGCCUUGGUCAGGGAGGUGACCAAGAAAUCCAUAGCUCCAGAGUUCCUCUGUGGAGAUGGGAGAACCUUCCAGAAGGACAACCAUCUCUGCAGCACUCCACCAAUCAGGCCUUUAUGGUAGAGUGGCCAGAUGAAAGCCACUCUUCAGUAAAAGGCACAUGACAGCCCGCUUGGAGUUUGCCAAAAGGCACCUAAAGACUCUCAGACCAUGAGAAACAAGAUUCUCUGGUCUGAUGAAACCAAGAUUGAACUCUUUGGCCUGAAUGCCAAGUGUCAUGUCUGGAGGAAACCUGGCACCAUCCCUACGAUGAAGCAUGGUUGUGGCAGCAUCAUGCUGUGGGGAUGUUUUUCAGCGGCAGGGACUGGCUCUGGGAAAGGAUCGAAGGAAAGAUGUACGGAGCAAAAUACAGAUAGAUCCUUGAUGAAAACCUGCUCCAGAGCGCUCAGGACCUCCGACGGCCGACGGUUCACCUUCCAACAGGACAACGACCCUAAGCACACAGCCAAUGUGUGUAGAUUGAUGAGGGGAAAAAACAAUUUAAUAAAUGUUAGAAUAAGGCUGUAACGUAACAAAAGUCAAGGGGUCUGAAAAGUCCAAGGGGAUUCACACACCAACCUCACAGAUCUCCACCCUCCCUCCACAUCCACCACUCCUCAACCAUCCAUCCACCGAUCCCAUCCACCACCAUUUCCACCCCCUCUUCCACCAUUCCCACCCCCCCAUCUCCACACCCCCCACCAUUCCCACCCCCCUCUUCCACCAUCUCCACCCCUCCCUCCACCAUCUCCAACCCCCUUAACCAUCUCCACCCCCCUCCAUCAUUUCCACCCACUUCAGCUACUUGAGACAGGGCCAUUCCAUCUCCAUGUUAAAAGCCAAAUCCUAGAGUUCACUCCCCUUUACAAUCCCACGUCAAAAUGAGCAAAAUUAGAGCACCAAAAAGGGCAAAGAAAACCUGUGACUGUUCAGAGAGUGACUGAUCUGUCCUGGGGUCCUGUGGUCACGACCCCCAAGAGGUGACGCUGCCCCCACACCCCGAACCCCCGUCACUCCCCCUUCUCCCUCCAUACCCUCCCCACCCCGAACCCCUGUCACUCCCCCUCUCUCUCCUUUUCUAAACCCCUCCUCCCCAACAGCCUAAUGACUCCCUCAGGUUCUAUUUAGAAGGGCUCCCAUAGAAAGGCAGGGCACAAUGGGCCUCAUCUGGAGAGGGCCCAUCUGGGAGGCUUUGUAGGCCCUGCUGAAAGCCACAAAGGUCCUGCUGACCUAGAAAGCCAUCAAUAAGAGAACAGGGAGCCCCACCGACGACAAAUUGAAGAGCCAGGGAGUUUCCUGGGUCAUCCCGGGAGCUGUCCCACCAUGGGUGAGGAAUGAGGAGACAGGCCAGGAACGUCGGGGGGCGGGGAGGGAAGUACAUUCUCCAGGUGUUCCUGGAUGACUCUGCGUUAUUCCCGAGCUGUCGGAUGUGAUGUCAGUUGUAUGGCUGUCACCUUUAACUGUCACUGUCCUUUGUGUGUGUGCCCACUGUCUGCUAUUGUGUGUUGAGGCCAGAGACAGCUUUACAAAAUGGUGGAUUGUGGCUGUGACAAGAAGCAGCAGUGGCAUGCUGGGUAGUGGUAUGUGGGGGAGUACAAUAAGGAAGUAGGAAGUGGGCCUACAUUGUGGUUCUGUGGUUGGGUGGUGGGUGCUUUGUGUGGUCUGAGGUAGCUAUCUGUGGUAGAAUGAAUCCCUCACUCACUAGUCACUAGUCCUUACUGUCACUCAGGACUUCAAUACAGACCCGAAUAAGACCGGAAUGCAAGCUCUUCCAAGUGUUAGCCUAUUCUGUCCUGAUGCUGCGCAAACAGCUCUCGGAGUUCCACUAGAAUUAGGUCUGGUGUCUCACUGUUGUGUUGUGUUUGACAUUUUAGACUUCUUUGGAUGUAAAUGUCACCUGAUGCCUUUUAUACACACCUCAACCUUCUUCAGCAUUGUCUUCUGAAUUGAAUACUCUUCAUGUGAAUUAUACCAACAAACACAAGGCCAUCUGAAAAGCCAUCACCACCAUCAUAAUCCUGAGAGAACAACAGUGAAUUAAAGUGAGCUGGAUGUCAAGAAAUUGGCUACCAUUGAGUUGACUUGACCCACACAUCAACAACAUAAACACACAACAGUCCUUUCAUUGGCGUGAAGAAACACUCCCCACUCUGAAUGUAGAGUGUCAUGGUUGAGUUCCACAUCCCUAUGUCAUUUAGCUGACAGGUGGCUCAUACCUCCAUGAGAACUCUGGUGAAUCCUCCACACAGGAUUUCCUAUCCCCUCUUCAAGAUGGUGGGGGAGAUGGUGUGUGGCUGACCCCUUUCUAUGAGAGGUGUGGCUGUCAUCUCAUCUGGUUGGGAGCUCUUGUUCAGGAGAUGACACCUGUGUCCCUGUGUCAUGUCCAUCCUUCCCACCUCCCUCACUAAGAGUGAUGGUCAUUACAUCCAUUACAGACAGGCUGUGUGACAGAUCCCUAUCUGUUGUGUUGUUAUUAGGCUCAGCCAGGUGGAAGGUGUGACGUCGGGAGACACUGUGGCUUUAUGUGAACAGCGAAUCCCAUCUUUUACUGUCAAUGUAUAUAGACAUUUAAACUUCAUCACCUUUAUACUGUGUCCAUUAUGUGUUUAUACUGUAAUUCGUUUCUUCCCUUUUUGAGACUAAAGUGGCAAUGAUCUGUGUCACUGAUGCUGUUCUCUCUGUAGGUAGGAGGACACCAUGAUAGUGGGAUCUAAUGUUAUGUGUGUUGUCUCUCAGAGGAGGACCGAUAUGACAGCUACUCUCGUAUGCUGCUCAAGUACUUCCUGGCAGAGGGGGUGGUGUGUGGACAUGAGCUCUACGUGGCGUCUGCUCUGGACCACCCCAAUGACAUCCUACAGGUACGUGUGUGUGUGUGUGUGUGUGUGUGUGUAUAUAUGUGGACGUGCGCGUGUGUACUUUCAUACUGUAGAGGCCUGCACAUCUAUUUCCAUAGGGUCUUUAUCUAUUUGUAGUCCAUGAUUCUAUGGAUUUCAGGAGCUCCCACAGCAAUGACGCUGCUGAGUUUUUGGGGGGGUUCGAGGGUGGUGUGUGUCGGGGGGUGGUCGGCAUUGUUGAGAUGUUUCCGGAUACAUCACUCUGAAGGGGAGCAGAGCUCCUAAAGCUGUUCCCCACUCGGCACCACAGGAGGAGGUGAACUCUCAUACUGAUUGAUAGUGGGAGGGGUCAGAACGUAACCCCCUCUUUACAUAUCAAAGGAAGAGAGGAGGAGAGUAAUAUAGGAGGGUCCCCUCUGUGGUCUGGCAUAAUCAAAUCAUGUUGGUCCCCAAUUCAUUCAAUUGCAGAAAAGGAAAAUUGCUGAGCCAAAAACUGUUGUCCCUGUUCCCAAGAGCUCCAAAGUAACCUGCCUAAAUGACUAUACCCCUGUAGCACUCACAUCUGUAAUUAUGAAGUGAUUUGAAAGGCUGGUUAUGACACAUCAACACCAUCAUCCCGGACACCCUGGACCCACUCCAAUUUGCACACCGCCCCAACAGAUCCACAGAUGACACAAUCUCAAUUGCACUUCACUCUCCCACCUGGACAAGAGGGGAAAUAACUGUGAGAAUGCUCUUCAUAGACUACAGCUCAGGGUUCAACAUCAUAGUCCCCUCCAAGCUCAUCACCAAGCUAGGGACACUGGGACUGAACCCCUCCCUCUGCAACUGGAGAGGGUAAGCAACAAAGCCUCUGCCACUCUGACCCUCAACACAGGGGCCCCUCGGGGGUAUGUGCUUAGUCCCAUCCUGUACUCCCUGUUCACCCACGACUGCGUGGCCGUGCACAACUCCAACACCAUCAUCAAGUUUGCUUAGGACACGACGUUGGUAGGCCUGAUCACCGACGCCGAUGAGUCAGCCUACAGGGAUGAGGUCAGAGACUUAGCAGUGUGGUGCCAGGACAACAACCUCUCCCUCAACAUCAGUAAGACCAAGGAGCUGAUCGUGGCCUAUAGGAGAAGUAGGGGAGAGCACGCCCCCAUCCACAUCGACAGGGCUGUUGUGGAGCGGGUUGAGAGCUUUAAGUUCCUUGGUGUCCACGUCACUAAGGACUUGACAUGGUCCACACACACCCACACAGCCAUGAAGAGGGCACGGCAGCGCCUCGUCCCCCUCAGGAGGCUGAAAAGAUUUGGCAUGGGCCCUCAGAUCCUCAAAGUUCUACAGCUGCACCAUCGAGAGCAUCUUGACUGGCUGCAUUACCGCUUGGUAUGGCAAUUGCACCGCCCUUGACCGAAAAGAGCUACAAAGGGUGGUGCGGACAGCCCAGUACAUCACUGGGGCCGAGCUCCCUGCCAUCCAGGACCUCUAUAUCAGGCGGUGUCAGAGGAAGGCCCGAAAAAUGGCCAAAGACUCCAGCCACCCAAGCCAUAGACUCGGCUACCCUCCGGCGCAUAGGCUCUUGGACCAACAGGCUCCAAGACAGCUUCUACCCCCAAGUCAUAAGACUUCUAAAUAGCCAGACUGAUAAAUAGUCAAUUAUUAAUGGUUAAUGGUUCCCAAACUAUCUGCACUGACUCUUUUUCACUGACCCUACCCACACUCACUAGACUAUAUAUACACACCAUAUACACACUCACUAGACUUUAUAUACACACUCACUACACUGUCACUCCCACACAUCCCUCACACAUUCAAACAUUAUAUACGCACACACACACAUAAAACACACGCAUACUGACACAACACACACACACACUUUUACACUCAUAAUUUGCUGCUGCUACUCUGUUCUUAAUUUUACUCUUAUUAUUAUCUAUCCUGAUGCCUAGUCACUUUACCCUGCCUUCAUGUACAUAUCUACCUCAAAUACCUUGUACCUCUGCACAUUGAUAUGGUACGGGUACUCCCUGUAUAUAGCUCCAUUCUUGUAUUUAUUUGUCCCUCUUGUGUUAAUUACUAUUAAAUGUUUUAUUUUUAUUUAUUUUUAUUCUGCAUCGUUGGGAAAGGUUCGUAAGCAUUUCAGUGUUAAGUCUACAGCAGUUGUAUUCGGCGCAUGUGAUAAAAUUUGAUUUUGAUUUAGAAGCUUUGGUGUAAACUGGUCAUAUUGGUGAUGUGUGCAACCCUACACCAUGCUAUUGGGCUCUACAUUGUUUUGACAGGACUGUUGGUGUAGCCUACGUCAUAGCUAUGUGUGAGAUGUGCAUGAAUGAAGGUCAAGCUGGUGUGUGUGUUACAGUGAAGUUAGUGUUUGAGGAGGUGUCUUAAGGGGACUGUGUGUCUGAACUCUGAAGGUCAGGUUGCUCUGUCCUGUGUUUUUCUAUGUCAGUCUCUCUAUCUCUCCCUCUCUCCCUCUUGCUCUCCCUUUCUCCCGCUCUCUCUCUCUCUCUCUCUCUUUUUAUCUCUCUCUCUCUCUGUCUCGCUCUAGCUCUCUCCCUCCUCUCUCUCUCCCUCGCUCUCUCUUUUUCUCUCCAUCUCUCUCCAUCCCACCCUCUCCGUGGCUUAUUAAACCUGUCUACUCAGGUGUGUGUGGGUCUGUUAGACAGUCCCCCACCUCUCAGGUUCCAUCCCAUUUGUAACAGACUCCGUCAGCUUUCUUAGAGCUGUUUUCCGAGACCUGUCUAGUCAGUGUCUACUAAUUGAUUUAACCUCUGUGUCUCUGUCUGGAGGGACAUGCCACUGUUAAUGAGAAAACAACAUGACACCUCACACCUCAUAUACAAUGCAUUCUGAACGUUUUUCAACAUUUUGUUACGCUACAGCCUUAUUCUAAAAUGGAUUAAAUUGAUGUUUUUCCUCAUCAAUCUACACACAAUAUCCCAUGAUGACAAAGCGAAAGCAAGUUUUUAGAUUUAAAAAAAAAAAAAAAAAAAAAAACUGAAAUCCCUUAUUUACAUAAGUAUUCAGACCCUUUGCAAUGAGACUCGAAAUUGAGCUCAGGUGCAUCCUGUUUCCAUUGAUCAUCCUUGAGAUGUUUCUACAACUUGAUUGGAGUCCACCUGUGGUAAAUUCUAUUGAUUGGACAUGAUUUGGAAAGGCAAACACCUGUCUAUAUAAGGUCCCACAGUUGACAGCAAAAACCAAGCCAUGAGGUCGAAGGAAUUGUCCAUAGAGCUCUGAGACAAGAUUGUGUUGGGGCACAGAUCUGGGGAAGGGUACCAAAACAUUUCUGCAGCAUUGAAGGUCCCCAAGAACACAGUGGCUUCCAUCAUUCUUAAAUGGAAGAAGUUUGGAACCACCAAAACUUUUCCUAGAGCUGGCCGCCUGGCCAAACUGAGCAAUCAGGGGAGUAGGGCCUUGGUCAGGGAGGUGACCAAGAACCUGAUGGUCACUCUAACAGAGCUCCAGAGUUCCUCUGUGGAGAUGGUUGUCCUUCUGGAAGGUUCUCCCAUCUCUGCAUCAUUCCACUAAUUAGGCCUUUAUGGUAGAUUGGCCAGACGGAAGCCACUCCUCAGUAAAAGGCACAUGACAGCCCGCUUGGAGUUUGCCAAAAGGCACCUAAAGGACGGUCAGACCAUGAGAAACAAGAUUAUUUGGUCUGAUCAAACCAAGCUUGAACUCUUUGGCCUGAAUGCCAAGCGUCACGUCUGGAGGAAACCUGGCCCCAUCCCUACGGUGAAGCACGGUGGUGGCAGUAUCAUGCUGUGGGGAUGUUUUUCAGCGGCAGGGACUGGGAGACUAGGCAGGAUCGAGGGAAAGCUCAACGGAGCAAAGUACAGAGAUCCUUGAUGAAAACCUGCUCCAGAGCGCUCAGGACCUCCAACUGGGGCGAAGGUUCACUUUCCAACAGGACAACGACUCUCAGCACACAGCCAAGACAACGCAGGAGUGGCUUCGGGACAAGUCUCUGAAUGUCCUUGAGUGGCCCAACCAGAGCCCGGACAUGAACCCAAUCGAACAACUCUGGAGAGACCUGAAAAUAGCUGUGCAGCAAUGCUCCCCAUCCAACGUGACAGAGCUUGAGAGGAUCUGCAAAGAAGAAUGGGAGAAACUCCCCAAAUACAGGUGUGCCAAGCUUGUAGCGGCAUACCCAAGAAGACUCGAGGCUGUAAUCGCUGCCAAAUGUGCUUCAACAAAGUACUGAGUAAAGAGUCUGAAUACUUAUGAAAAUGUUUUUUAUUUUUAAUACAUUUGCAAAGAUGUCAAAAAACCUGUUUUUGCUUUGUCAUUAUGGGGUAUUGUGUGUAGAUUAAUGCCUUUUUAGAAUAAGGCUGUAAUGUAACAAAAUGUGGGAAAAAAUCAAGGGGUCUGAAUACUUUCUGAAUGCACUGUACACCGGCUUCCUAUUCUACUACAUGACAAGGACUCUUGUUUGACAUAGUAAGACAAAUUGUAUGUGUUGAUUCAUAUUAUUUGCCAUCAUGCUGAAUUCCACACAAUACAGCUUGAACACUGAAUAAAAUAGAAAAGUGUAUAAGCAAUGCAGUUCUUUGUCAAGAUUCAUUACAGAUUUUGUUCCGUUAUUAUCUUUAGGAACUCCCCGCCCCCAUCCUGGAUGACAUCGCCAGCCCCAAAACAAUGGAGGAGCAGACAAAGUCAUGUGACCCUGAGAAUCAGGACGGCAUGAAGAUCGCAUGGCGCUACCAGCACCUGCCAAAAGUACAGGUAAAUGUGUGUGUGUGUGUGGGGGGGGGUGGGGGGCAGUCAGGUCAUGGGGUCACAGGCCUAGCUCUUGGCUCUAUGGGGGGGACGUUUGUCUUCACCACUAAAUCCAUCAGCUCCUAAACUCCUGUGUAGCCUCUCCAUUCAGAGCUGGUGGAGAUUACUCACGCUUAGCUGCUGCUAGGUGGGCCCUGCCGACACACAUACACACCCUGCCUAGCCUGGGAAACCGGGGUACCCUGCAGCCACACAUACACACCCUGCCUAGCCUGGGAAACCGGGGUACCCUGCAGCCACACCACACCCAUACACACCCUGCCUAGCCUGGGAAACCGGGGUACCCUGCAGCCACACCACACCCUGCCUAGCCUGGGUAACCGGGGUACCCUGCAGCCACACCACACACAUACACACCCUGCCUAGCCUGGGAAACCGGGGUACCCUGCAGCCACACCACACACAUACACACCCUGCCUAGCCUGGGAAACCGGGGUACCCUGCAGCCACACAUACACACCCUGCCUAGCCUGGGAAACCGGGGUACACACACACUACACACAUACACACCCUGCCUAGCCUGGGAAACCGGGGUACACACACACUACACACAUCCACACCCUGCCUAGCCUGGGAAACCGGGGUACCCUGCAGCCCAUCCAUUGCCACGCCACCCCCUUAACUCUCAUGACCCGGAUCUGUCCCCCUGUCCCCUCUUAAAUCCCUGUCUAUCCCCUUACCAGGGGCGCUGGCGCUACACUCUUUCUUCCGCUCUGAGGAAUGGUGACCCCCUCCAUCCUCCUCCCCUCUCCUCCCCUGCUCAGGCUAUAAUCCAUAUCGCUAUGUGGAUUAACAGCACACAGCAAGUCCCUGGAGAUCUCAAUCUCUCUCUCUCUCUCUCUCUGGAAACUUCUUUAUCUCUGUGUCUUUCCCUCACCUCUCCCCCUUCCCCUCCCUCCCAAAACCAGACUUUACAAACCAAACUGCCAAUAAGCCCCAGCCAGAGGAUUUGCAUCCCAAAUUCACUCCACGAGUCCCCCUCUACCCCCAUUCCCCCUACACACCUCUCCUGCCAACCCUCUCAGAGUUGCCCUGUCCAAUGAAGACAUCAGAUCAAAGGUGAGGCGGUCGGGGCGGGCAGGAACACUAAGCGGUUCGCCCCCCCCCCUGCUUACAAAGAGAAGAUGUGCCCCUGACCCCCUCUCUCCCCCCUCGCCCCCCUCUGACUCCUCCGUUCUGUCAGGAGAGGGGCAAACCGGGGGCCCUAAUCCAGAUUAGUGGUAGAUUAAGAGCCCGUCUGACAAUGGACCCCCUGGCUGCUUUCACUGGGUAGAGCAGGGCUACAGGACUCUCCCUUUCACCCAGGAGAAAACAUCCUCCUUCUCUCCCUCAGACCCCAGACCCAGACAUGGCUGUUUUCACUGCUACAAGUGGACGGUUACGUGGCGACAUGAUUUAAGAUGGUGGUUGUAGUAGUUGUUUACUUCUCCACAAGUUUUUAUUUGAUUUAAACAGCAUUUUGAAACACUUGUAUGAAUGCAGCUAUGAGCAGGUCAUUCUUUUAAAGUGUGCAUACUCUACUUGUUGAAAGUGAGGACGUUUCACACUUAAAAAGUAGCAUUAACUACCCUAGUUGCAAUGUGAUCAACAGCAGUGUAAAAUGGAUAUACACCGCUUUUCUCUCAACACUAAACGUUGACCCUCAGACGGCCCUGGCGUCCUCGUCGAGGUUCGGACACUACUACGACGUCUCCAAGACAAUGGACCCUGAGAUCUGCCAGGCGGCCAGAUGCCACGGCUUCUACCUUCCAGAACACUCCACCGCUGUGACAUCAGCACCCACCGCCACCGGCCAGAGGUAACCCCAGCAACCCCUGAACACUACUCCACCCUUAUCUCUUCAUGUUGCUCAGUAUUACUUACACAAUAUAUCGUGCAAAUGUACUGUAUGUCUUAGAGAACUUAGUCAAAACCUAAGAAGCUUACCCUACAACCUGAGAAGCCAACCCUACAACCUGAGAAGCCAACCCUACAACCUGAGAAGCCAACCCUACAACCUGAGAAGCCAACCGUACUAUGACCGUGACACACACAGUAGUAGUAUACUUACCACGUUUUGGAAGCGUCUAAGAGACACUAUUAUCAUAUCUUAGAGAAGCUUUUGGAUUAGGUUCGGUAUAACCUACAGUUUGAAUAGUAAUUGUAGAUGGACAAUGCUUGGACAGUCACUCUAAACGGGCUAGUAGCCCCCCCCCCCUCAAUCAGAUCACGAUGUGGUAUUAUGGUCAGUUUCUGAGGUUUAUAAUCAGCUAAUAAAGUCUGUAUAAAAACAGGGUCAGACUCCUUUCAUCCUGAGCAGCUCUAGGUAGGUAGGUUAGUAGGCUGAGAAGAGACAUUCAGCAGAGUAAAAGGCUUUGGUGGUGAAUGUAUUUCAACAGAGAGAGGGACCGUUUGCUGUGAGUUUGUUUUGUUCAACGUUGAGUGUGCUUAGGGUUCAGAGGUCAGGCACGCUAUUUACAUUUGAGAGGGUGGCGAGACAAACACAAGCGCACACAAAGUCACAAACACACACACACAGUUACAAACACACACAUACACAGUCAGACACCGAGUCAGACACGCUUGGCAAACAGACCAAUCUGGAGCGGAGGGAGGGUUUUAUAGAACCCUCUGCUUUUAGAUCUACAAACAGAGACCCUUUAACUCUGGACCAUGCAAACACGUGUGAGUGUGUGAGUGAGUGAGCCUUGCUAAUUUCAGUUGACUCCUAUUUACUGUCACUGAGCAGUGUUGAGUCAGUCAUUGUCAUAGGAAAUCUUUUUAUUUUGUCCUUUAUGUUUGUUAGACAGAAUCCUUCCUUCUCCUGUCGUUCUGUGGGUUAGUAAUUAAGUCUGACAGUGGCAUUGCCAUCAUAGUGGCACUGCCCAUCAUGUUCUCUGAAUAGGGCACUGAUCUGCCAGACAACAUGACAGCUGGUCAGCAGGAAACUACACCUGCACUGCACUGCUCACACGCACACG